GCUACUACGGCCCCCGGCCCCGCCACGGUGAGCGGUGGUGGAGCCCCUCCUCCUCCUCCUCUCGUCGCUUCCGGCGCCCAACGCACACGCGAGAGGGAUAGGUAGGGGGGGAGGGGGAGCCCAAAUGGCAGAGGAGGUGGUGUAGUAGGAGAGGAGGUGCAUUCAUUGAUGCCGCCGCCGCCGCCUCCGCCUCCGCUUUUAACGCGCUCGUCGGCUGCUCCGCUACCUGCGCCGCGGGCCUCCACCGAAGUAGUCAAGGCCACCGACUUUGGGGCGCGGCGACGGGGAGAGGAGAUGGGGAUUGACCUCAACACGGUGGAGGAGGAGGAGGCGGAGGAGGGGGGCCAGGCCGCGGCGGUGUGCGGGGAGCUGUGGCACGCGUGCGCCGGGCCGGGGGUGGCGCUGCCGCGGCGGGGGAGCGCCGUCGUGUACCUGCCGCAGGCGCACCUCGCCGUGGGCGGCGGCGGCGGGGACGUGCCUCCCGGCGCGGUGGGCGUGCCCCCGCACGUGGUGUGCCGCGUCGUCGACGUCGAGCUACGCGCAGACGCGGCGACCGACGAGGUGUACGCGCGGCUCGCGUUGGUGGCGGAGGGCGAGAUGUUGCGGCGAAACUUCCGUGGGGGUGGAGGUGAAGAUGGUGCAGGCGAGAUGGAGGGUUGUGAUGCAGAGAAGAAGCCCCGGAUGCCGCACAUGUUCUGCAAGACACUCACAGCAUCUGAUACAAGCACCCAUGGAGGUUUUUCUGUUCCUCGCCGGGCUGCGGAGGACUGCUUCCCACCUUUGGACUAUAAGACUAUCAGGCCUUCUCAAGAGCUUAUUGCCAUGGACUUGCAUGGUACACAAUGGAAGUUCCGGCAUAUUUAUAGAGGUCAGCCUCGUAGGCAUCUUCUAACUACUGGAUGGAGUUCAUUUGUCAAUAGGAAAAAACUAGUCUCAGGGGAUGCCGUCCUGUUUCUUCGAGGUGAUGAUGGCCAACUAAGACUAGGUGUGAGGAGAGCAGUUCAACUUAGAAAUGAGGCCCUCUUUGAACCUGUCAACAGCAGUGAUUCAAAGCUGCGCAUUCUAUCUGCUGUUGCCAAUUCCUUGGAAAAUAAAAGCAUAUUCCAUGUUUGUUUCAACCCAAGGAGUGGUGCGUCAGAAUUUAUUGUGCCGUACUGGAGAUUCUUGAAGAGCCUGAACCAUCCAUUUUCCAUUGGAAUGAGGUUCAAAGCUUGCUAUGAGAGUGAAGAUGCUAAUGAGAGGUCCACUGGAUUGGUUUCGGGCAUUAAUGAAGUUGAUCCCAUAAGAUGGCCUGGAUCAAGAUGGAAAUGCCUACUGGUAAGAUGGGAUGAUAGUACUGAUAACAACCACCAAAACAGAGUCUCUCCAUGGGAGAUCGAGAGAGUUGGUGGCAGUGUUUCGGUUACUCAUUCCCUGUCAUCUGGUUCGAAGCGAACCAAACUGCACUUUCCUCAAGGCAAUUUGGAUACUCCAUUUCUUAAUGGAAAUGGUCAUCCGGAAUCCAUGGGAACUGAAAAUUUCCACAGGGUCUUGCAAGGUCAAGAAUUUAGGGGUUCUAGGUCUCAUGGUGUUGUAUGCUCUGAACCACCUGGUCCUGCUGUACCAAACUUUCAAGCUCCUGACAAUAGGAGAUUUUCUGCCAAUAUGCGGGGCUACAUGAUGCCAGCAAGUGCCCCCCCGCAGCGAAACACGGAGUUUACUUAUCAGCCCGUAGGCUUUGGUGAAUCUCUUGGAUUCCCAGAGGUCUUGCAAGGUCAAGAAAUGUCACAAGUAGUUCCUUUGUUCCGAGGAGCUACUUCUGGCGCUCGCACACAGAAUGAUAGAGUUGUGUCUACUAAUUCUGUGCAUAGAUCAGCUGCGCUGAGUGGAUUGCCGGCUGCAACUCAAGGGCACGCCAUCUCGCAGUUUACUUUGUCAGCAUCAAAAGUAUCCUCUCCUUCGUCGGUUCUGAUGUUUAACCAAGCAACAGCUCCACAUCUUGAGCCCAAAGACGGAGCCGGCAACAAAGGUAUAUAUGGCAGCCAGUUUGCUUCCCAGGAGAUGCUUGCAGAAGCUGUAACCUGGCCGGCUAUACAACAUCAGAUGCCAACUGCAAGCAGCCAGUUCGCCAUGGCGAAAGCCUCGGCUCCUCCAAGCAGAGCUGAAUCCGGGUCGCCGAAGAGUGGCGCUGGGAGAAGCAGCUGCAGGCUCUUUGGCUUCUCCUUGACCGAGAACAUGCUGGGAGAAGACGCACAGGUCCUGGAGGAAGGAAGCAGCGAAGCCGAGCGCCAGAACCCGCGGGUGCUCGAGCUGUUUGGGCACAGGCACAGCCACUCCACUCCCGGCGCUCUUCAUGCCCUGUGUGCUGCUGCUCCCUUGGGAAUGUGAUGCUGCAUUGCUGAUUGCUGGCUACCAUGCUGCUUCCCCAGACGGUUUGCUCUGGGGAAAUGGUCGUUGUAUCAGUCUACUUGUAUGAACGAAUUGCAUAAUGUGUCGUCAGAUACUUUCUAGUAGAUUUCAAUUUCAUUGGCAUGUAAGCAUGUUCUUGUAAGGAUUUCAUUGGCUCUGUGUGCUGCUUCUAAGACUAGCUUGAAAUUUACUGGUGUUUGUUCGUAGCUA